CGGCGGGCAGCCCGGCGGCGGGGGCGUUUGGCGAUGGGCGCCGGCGGGGAGCGGGACCGGCGUGGGAGUGGGGGAGCGCGGAGCCCCCGGCCGCCGCUGGCUGGGGGCCGCAGCGGCUGAAGCGGCGGCCCAAAGGCAGCCCGGACGCCACGAUGAGGGGCAUCCCGGGCUUCAAGCGGCUGCGGCUCAAAAUCUGGCGGCGAUGCACCCUGCUGCUCCUCCUCCUCCUCUGGGCUGCCUGCUGGCUGGUGGUGAGCGCCUUGCUCUUCGUCCUCCACAGGAGCGUCUUCUCCGAGCGCUGCACGGACGAGAAGAGCCACCGGAUCCUGGCGAAGCUGUGUCUUGACUACAGCAGCGGAGCCCUGACUGGUGACCUCUGUGAAGACCUGUGUGUGGCACAGAAGCUGGUGUACAAACACUGCCUUUACUACGACAGAGGUAAGAAGGUCAUCCAGGCUGACUGGAGAGGCCAGCCCAUCAUCCUGAAAUCCAAAAAGGAAAUCUUCUCCAGCUACCAGCAUCUCAGUAUGCUAGAGGAGGUGGAAACACAGGAUAUUCCUGAAACAGAGCUUCUGCUGAUGGUAGCCUUGGAGGUCAAAAAUGUCCUGGGGCUAGAACUGUCUAACAAUUCCAUGGGGCCUCUGUGGACAAGGAAGAAGGGACCACGUUGGAAAGCACAGGUGGCCAGCAUGUGGUCCUUGCUCCAGCAGGAAGAAUAUAUCUACUUCAGUUUGCUGCAGGACUUCAGCAAACACGUGCUACGAAUUAUUGGCUCUUGUGGACACUUUUAUGCUGUGGAGUAUCUCACAGCUGGACAUGCCUGGCACAAAACUCUUUUUCCCUUGGAAAACGUGGUCGGUCCCUCCCUUGCUGGCCACAGAAGCAGGGUGAGAGCCAUCAUUGACAUUGCACUCAGCUUUCUCGACAUGGUGCAGCAUUUUGACAACGAUUUCUCUCACCGACUUCACCUGUGUGACAUCAAACCAGAAAACUUCGCUAUCAGGCAUGAUCUCACGGUGGUGGCCAUCGAUGUGGAUAUGGCCUUUUUUGAACCCAAAAUGAGGGACAUCCUCGAACAGAACUGCACAGGAGACGAAGACUGUAAUUUUUUUGAUUGCUUUUCAAAAUGCAAUCUGAAAAUCAGAAAAUGUGGAGCACAGAGAGCCAACAACAACUUGCAAGUAAUCUGUGACAAAAUAUUCCGUCGCUGGUUUUCCCCAAAUCUCAGAGGACCGGUGGUUUCCCUGCCCCUGCAGCUGCAGCUGCAGAAGGCAGUGCAGGAGUGUGCCGAGCCGGGGCACGUGGACGCUGCCGGGCACCAGAGGACUCUGAAAUCUCUCUCCGAGCUAUACCACCUGCUUCGGGUCACUCAGCGAGAACUGCAAAGGGCAGAGUAGACACAAAAGGCAGAACUGCAAGGGCCACAUCCCAGCCACUGCUAAGGGACGCUGUGUAUGAGGCAGUCUGUGUUUUCCUUCUCUCUCUUCCAUCUCUCCUACCCCUUGUAUUACAUUUACAGCACAGAGACUGUUUUUCUCCUAUGCAAAUGAAAUUCAUGGCUGCGGGUGCAGCACCUUCUGUUAAUAUCCUUUCAAGUGUGAAAUUGUUUUACAUUACCUGGAUUCUGUUCUUGCUUAUUUUCCUGAGCUAGCGCUAGCCCUCUCCAUCAGCAGUCAGCACAUCGUUUGCUUACCAAGAGCUGUAGUCACUGCUCAGAUAGCAUCUGAGUGCGGUGCUCAGAGGGAGGAUGCAUUUACAGAAGAAAAGUGUAAGUAAGUGCAGCAAAACUAGUAUCAAUAAUCAAAGUAGCGGGUGGGUGGGUGUGGACAAGUACAUGAAUGGUGUUUGUUUUAAUUUCUCCAUAGAAUAAGUUUUUUUUAAAGUAGGGAUAGAGUGCUCUGUGUGAGGAAACAAUAUCUCAAAUAGGGAAAUGUAUUGUCACAGAAGUGAAGAGUUUCUUUUAUACAAAGCAGUCCUUUCUGAUGUCCCCAAAUGCAUUUUCUCUGGUGUGUUGCAUUACCUGUGCCACAGCUAACUUUCUGGUGAGAAACUGUAUGAAGGUACUUAGGACUUUUCUAGAGCAAAAUAAUUAUACCCUUGUUGAAUUCCCAUGUGGACACUCAUAUUCUGCAGUGGAGCGGUAUGAAUAAUGCCACUGAAUUUUGCCAUGUGAACAAGCCCUCAGGCACUUGUACAUCAGAGCACUUGAUAAGAAGCACUCCUUUGCCAGAGAGCAGAGUUACCCAGGAAUGCCAACAGUCUGUCGCUUGCACUGAAUGGAAAAAUAUCCAGACUUGGUGUUUUCUUACACAGUAUUUUUUUAAUGAACAAAAUGAAAUUUUUUGUAAGAAUUCAUUAUCUUGCAAUCAGUUACAUAAAUAAAGAUCCCUAGAUUAACUUAAAAUCAUUAACUUUGCUUUUCAAGCAUGUGUAGCUGUGGCUGGAGAAUCUAACACACAGGUUCAGAAGACACUGCAUGUGUUUUGGUCCAAUACUGGGCAAUAUACCCCUGAGCUGGUUUUGGCAUGAAGACAUUAAAAACUCCACAAACAGAAAAAAACGAGAGCCUGUGACAGCCCCUCAGCUCAGGACGACUCUUCAAUAUUAAGACUGACAAUACUGGUUUGUGGAUGUGAGACACAUAACAGUACCUAAUCUUUUUUGUCUUUGUAUCCCUCAGCCGUAUGACAGCCCUGAAGCCCUUGAGCACUAAUUAUACAUAAACUUCCAAUUUCUGGAGUGGUUCUUUAAAGUGAUGUCAAAGACUGCCUGUGACCAGAAAAAUGUGAGCUGCUUAGGAGACCCUGACACUUACCCAAAACUAGCUCAAAUUUUCAGACUAGUGCUAGUUUUUUUUCUAUUUCUUGCAAUAAACUACCGUAAUUUUAAAAAUCAUGCAAGCCCUCAAGAAGCUCACAGCGAGGGCAAGGUCGGCUGCCUUGCCUGGGGCUGUACUGAAGAGAAGCUGCUGCUAAGCCAGAGCUACAGCUUAGGAGCUGCUGGCUGGUAAAGUUGUGCUCAGUCUGUGCUUCUCCUCUAACCAGGGAGACAGGCAGUAUUUCACUACUUUAAGAUCAUCCUUUGCAAAAGCAGGAAGGCAAAGCAGAACCAGAAGAAAUCCAAAUUCAGAACGAGCCCUGUUGCAAAGUUGUGAAAUUGAUAGAGGAGAAAAUAAUUAAGGAUAGAAUCAGAUUAUGGUAAAGGGCUAGGGACAGAUAAAGCAUCAGGUAGAGAGAGGAUAAGGAAAAAGAGACGAAGGAGAAAUAGGAAAAGUGAAGUAAAAAAUAUGGCCCGCUUUUUGUGAAAACAUGAUUUAUGAUGUAAGAUUGAAUAAACUGGCAUUUACUGUGAGGAAGACUGAAGAGAAGCAUGGUUACACUCUUCAGAAACAGAAAGAGGCUGAUAAAAAGAGAGUAGGAGAGAACUGCCCUGUCCAGAUUUCCUUGGUGGAUAUGGCAAGCAAUUAGCUUAAAUUGUAGCAAGGACAAUUCAGGCUAGACGUUUGUUACAGGCUUUCUAAUAGUAAGGAACGGUGGAGAUAUGGCACAGAUCAUUUGGGAAAACUUCCUACGUUGUGAUUUUUUAGCUACAGGCAAGAGUGAGUGCCUGUCAGGAAUGAGGUAUGUGCAGUUACAUAGAUGAUCCUGCCUUGAGGUAGCCUUUUAUCUCCAAGUCCUAUGAUUCUGUUAUUACCAGCUAGUAUUUGUGCUCUUGUGACCCCCUUACAACAAAAUCCACCCUUCUGAGACACGGGGAUAGGUAACUCUCCUUUACCUUACAUGUGCAAAUCCGUGGUGUCCCCCGGGGAGGGAAGGCACGGCACAGAGAUCUCCAACUGUGCAAGUGAUGCUACAGAGCCCGGUGGUGCCAUCGGGGUUGGUGUGUUCCCCACAUGACCCCCCUGCUGAAGGCACCCGAUCCUUGCUAGGUCAGGAGUGACCCAGUAUAUACCCCACAUGCUGCUGGGGAACCUGAAGAUCUUUACGUUAUCGCUGUCUUGGUUCCCUCAGUCCCGUUAAUUCUUUCCUCCUUCCCAAGGCCAGAGGGUACCAUCAGGGAAAAGCAAGGCUCAUGCAGACACCCAGUGCGUUGCGGCACUGUCACAGCCCACCGUGGCCGGGGUCCCCUUCCUAUUUUCAGGUUUGCCUUUCGAACAGGCUAAAUUUCCGCUGGAUGUGAUGUUUCAGUUUUAAAACGGGUGGAAAAAAACACAGCAAAAUGAAAGCCGGUGGCAGCCGAACGCUGGUGGAAUUUCACUCUGCUCAGAAGGUCCUUCUCCUUGGCAGGAUUUAGGAGGGGAAGCUGCCUUUGACAGAUUUCUCCAACCCCCCCCAGGGCCUGGCUGCAGCCACCUCCACCUGGCAGGGACCUCCUUCCCCCACACCACACACUUUCCCAGGUCGUUAGGUUUCACUUCUUCUUUUCAGGAUACAGAGAAUAAUCCUCAGAAACCUCUCAAGAGCGACACAAACGGGUUACUUAUACUUGGCUGGGCUGUGAGGUUGCGUAUCACUGAUGCAGCCGGCUCCGGCUGCCUUUGGUACACCUUCACUGGUGAGUGGAAAAACAAGGAGAAUCUGACAGGCUAUGUGAACCUGAUUCUUCACCGCCCCCCAUGCACCUUGUAAAGUCACUCAAACCUGGGAAACGGGAGAGAAAAACACUACCAGUGAAGCAAAUGAAAUAUUCCAACUUAUUUAGCACAGGUACCUGUGACCAAAACAGGAAUAAAACAGUAGUCAUGCCUUUAUCUCCCUGGGACAGAAAGAAAAGAAAAUGAAGACACUGGUUUAGUUGCCCUUUACCUUAAGGAGGCAAGUGCAAACUGCAUUAUUUUACACCUCUGUUUUAAGGUGUUGGACAAUGAAGAACCAGGCUCACACGUCCCUUCCAACAAAGCCCUUUUCAUACUGCCUUGGCAGCACUGCCCACCAGAAAGAGCCCUGGCAUAAAGAGAUGCCCAGCUGGCACUUUUGCCAGUUUCUAUACGGAAAAAUCUGCAAGUUAUUUUCCCAGUUUUAGUUAAUUUACACUGAAAAGAUUUGCAAAAUAAAAAGAUGAAGAUUGAAAUUAAUCACAAUUUUAAAAACAGUGUUUUUUCUGGUCUGCACAGUGAAGCUUGUUAGUACCCUCAUCACUUUCUGAUGUUUAGUUUUCAUCCCAAUUCAGGUGAGAAAUUUCAUGAAAGCUCAAAAUCUUUUGCAGAGACUUUUUCACCCAGCCCCAGUGGUCAGAUCUGGAAAAGAGGAGGUCCACAUAUAGUUUUUUAAGUCACCUUUGCUUCCCACUUCAUUUCUGUGUACUGUUUGUGAUCUUAACCUGGGCUGCAAUGGUUUCUGCUUGCUUUCUCUCACUUUCAGGUAUCUCCAAAGCUCCUGCCUACUGGCAUCCCUGUUUGGUAUCCAGUUCACCGCAGCUUUGCAAAAUCAUAGACUGCAUAAGAUUCUUCACACUGUUCAUCCUUUCCAUAUAAAAGAUGACUCCUCUUAUAUAGGUUCACUAAUAGCAUUUGGCUGCACUGGGAAUGGCCACUUCAUCCAAGGUGGCUGUUCCUGUUCAAUUGAUCUCAGCCCCAUCUCUUUGCUCGGUCAGUCUGUUCCUGAAUCCUUUUCGCCCCAUAAAAGUGGCACUACCUCUUGAUUCAUUUCUACCACUUGCUGCAUUAGUGCCUUACUCAGCAACUUUCUCCCCAUAUUUAUGGCACUCUCUGAAACAGGAAUGGCAUUAAGUCAUUGUUUAUUCCUUCUUUGCAUCUUGGUUAGCAGCAUGUGCUUCAGCUCUGCAAUAAUCUAAAUACACUGUCUAUUCCCACAUUUUACAAGACAUGAGUCCAGUUGGAGGUCUACUUCAUAAUCUUUAGGAAAGAUAAAUUCAACCCUUUCUGCAAGAUUUUCACAGAACAACUACUUCUUAAACACAGAUUUUUCUCCAACUGGCAUUGUAUGCUCUGCAAAAAUAUCCGCAAGCAAUAGUCCUGCGCUGGGGUGAUGUGAAACAGCAGAACACCUUGUCCCAAAGGACUUACGUGGUCUCCCUUGUGUUUUGAGGUUGACUUAACAGUGACUAACCCAGAACAGUAGGUCAUUGCUAUAGCCACAGUUUUUCAUAUAGAGACUACUACUGCCUAGUGUGAAUUCACAGAACCGCCCCCCUCCACUGAGAGCAUUGAGAUACAUUGCUGGAGGCAGCACUAGAGAUAACAACAGAUAUUUGGUACUGGGAGAGAAGAGAGGGAAGGGUUUGUUUUCUUUCGAUUAGAAACGUUGACUGAACGAAACACUUCCCACAGGUGAAAAAUGGAAUCAAAAAUUUGAAGGAGUUAAGGACUCCUCACUGAUUUUCUUUUUCCUUUGUUAAAAAGUGUAGACUCAAGCUGCCCUAUUUAUUUUUUAUGUAGUUUUUCUUAAAAAAAAAACAAUUAAAGAAGUCACAUACCAUGUUGCCUGUCUUUCAGCAGAUCAUAUUGUUGUAUGUAAUGGGCAGGAAGGUGAUAAAUUACAGUUUUUAAUGAGUAUUAGGCUAUAACAUUGGAGCCUUUACACACCUGGAGAACCAACUGUAAAGAAACUCCAUAACCGGUAUCAGUGGAAGCAUACAAUCAGAUUAGCCAUCUUGGCAGAUGUUCUUGGAAGCCUAGUACAGAUGAAUGAUGAAAUCCCACUGUCAGUGCUGACCUGCAGCGAGUCCAAGCAAUAAGCAGAGUCAUGCUGCAGAAGCCUCGGUUGCUGCCACUUGCUUGGAUUCUCAGUGAAAUCAGGAGGAAGGCUACUAGGCUUUCAGUAGCAGAAAAAGGCAGCAACACGUAGAGAGGGAAAGAAUGACUUGCCUGGAAGAAUAAGAAUCCAGACUCAGAACCAAAGCUAAUAAGAGACCCCAUACUGAAAAUUCAGAAAAUGUCAAUAAAUUGAUUGGGAAAAAAAUCCCAAACACUUCUAUUGUAGUUCUUUAAAAUAAAAAAGAACAGCAGCACACGGGAUAUAGUGCAGGCAUCUCCAAAGCCAUUUGUUGUAUGUGUCUAAGGAUCUGUCAAGUAGACUGCGGAGCUGUAUAAUGAUGUCUGCAGCCUAAAGGCUAGACAGAGUAAAAUAACUUAACAAAGGCUUUUAGAACUACUAUUUACAUAAAUGCAGAAAACUGCCCUAAUUAGUAACAGCCUAUGUCAGCCAAAAAAGUAGAAAAGAGUGCUUUUCUCAAUAAAAGUGUCAUUAUGUCUAUAAAUGAAAGUACAGCAAAAUGCUGAAAUCCCUGAAAGGCUACGAUCCAUAAUCCUGUGGUUUGUUUAAAGUUUUGAUCCCACAGGCUUGGGCCCCUGCGCAGCAGAGUGAUUGCUGAGCUCAUUCAAACUCUGUGAUUAUUGGUGCCUUCUGCAAUAUACUUUGAGCUCCUUUUUCUGUAAACUGGAGGGGUUUUUUCCUACACUACAAAUGCACCUAAGUGGUGACGGCCGCCAGAAGGAUGUGCAUAUGAUCCAGUGCAUAAUCACUUCCACAAGCAUCUGCUGCUAGUGCUUUCAAGAUACAUGUAAUCCAAGCUGGAGACUAUUGUGAAUACCUCUCAUUUUCCCUUGCUGGUUCCUUAGCGGUUUGCUUGUAGCUAGUUAGAAACAGAAUCCCCCAUCCUGCUUAAAUUGGUUAUAAUCUCUCCAAGAUUCGCUCUACAGCAGGAAAAGACCAAACUGCAUCGAGUUCAGGGUGGGUUCAUUCUCUUAAAGGUACGACAUGCAAAGCUGCAGGAAAGAACAGAGGUUAAUUUUUAUUUCUAAAGAAGAGGUCCUCUGGCUAAAUGUAAGUAGCUGAAAAAAUAGAUGUUUCAACCAAUAUUCCACGUACAUGUGUGAAUUAACAUUUGCCUGUAUUUGCAUAAUCUAAAGCCCUCUGCUCCUUUCCCAUUCUAAAGAAAAUUAAAAAAGCAGAACGUGUUUACUACUCCAAAUUUCACAGGUAUGCCAAUUACUUCUUUCCCACUUCUGUGUCAGACAUUUCAGGUUGUGUCUUUGUCCUUAGGAAAUGGAUUUUUUCCGUUAUCCCUAGAAAGUGAAUAUCUGGAAAAAUACAGAUUCCCAAAAGUAAUUUUCUUCUCUUGUUCAAGGGUUGUUAUACACCAUUCAAAUCUUGCAGAGAGUUAUCAGUGGCUAAAUAUUUAUUACAUGAAACCAGGGCCUGAUUAAUGGAACCAAUAUCUAACAAUAACUAAACAAAUAUCCAUGUAAUUACUCCAGUGUUCAGAAUUUUGCUUUUAAUGGAACGACACCAGUACUAUCCUAUCUGAUUAUAGAUUACAUAUGUACAAGUAAGUGCUUUGCCAAACUUAUGUUCAGAUAUGCUUUCACAUGGAUUAAGUCUACAGCUGAUUCUUGGUGAAACUGUGUACCUGGACCGGAGCAUAGAGGAACAAAAAACAACCCUUACAAACUUAUAUCCAUGGUCUUUCUUUUAGCCAUCAUAUUCAAUUGUCUGUGGAGUAAAGGCAGUGUAUGCGCAC